AUGAAGCCGCUGGAGAAAUUCCUCAAGAAGCAGGGCUCCCACUUGGCCGGCCGCCCGGGCCCCGCCACUGGAGGCGGCGGCGGCGUUGGCGGGGGGCAGCUGCAGCUCAGCCGGCGGCCCAGCGUCUCCAAGAUCCUGCUGCCCGCCUUCCUCAAGGACGAGCCCGCCGAGGCGCCGGGCCCCGAGGCGGGAGGCGACGGGCGCUGGCUGGAGCUGCGGCCCCCCGAGGCCGCCCUGCGCUCGCCCACCUCCUUCUCCUCCGAGGAGCUCUCGCCGGCCGGCGGCGGGGGGGGAGGCGGCGGCGGCGGCGGCGAAAGCCAGCUCAGCCCGGAGGCCGCCCUGCCCACCUGCUGCUGGGCGCCGCUGGCCGAGCCCGAGAGCCCCGAGCGCCUGCUGCGGAGGCUGCUGGAGAGACUGGCCGCCGACCCCACCGCGCCCCACGGCCACGGCUGCGGCGCAGACCUGCUUCUAGAUGACAUCGUCCUCACCCACUCGCUGUUCCUGCCCACUGAGCAGUUCCUGCACCAACUACAUCAGCACUUCAUGACGGCGUCGACAAUCCCUUCACCCUCGUGUUGGAAGGAAGGCGAGGCCAUGCAUCGAAAGCGAGCCGUUUUGGUUAUCUUGCUGCAUUUCCUUGAGACCUACAAAGGGAUCUUGCAGGAAGAGGAGAAAGCAGGCAAAGUCAUUAAGGAUCUUUAUUUGCUAAUCAUGAAAGACUCCUCCCUCUACCACAAACAGGAAGAUGAAAUUCUGAAGUUACAUCAACUUGUGGAGACGGUGGAGCUCAAGGUGACAGAUGAAAGCCAAGUCCCGAGCAAACAGGUCAAACCCCUUUUCCGGCACUUUCGGCGCAUAGAUUCUUGCCUUCAGACACGGGUCGCUUUCCGCGGGUCGGAUGAGAUCUUCUGCCGCGUCUACAUGCCUGACCACUCCUACGUCACUAUCCGCAGCCGCCUCUCUGCUUCCGUGCAGGACAUUCUGGCCUCUGUGACGGAGAAGCUCCAGUAUUCUGAUGAGCAGCCUACACGGGAAGAGGCCCUCAUCCUGGUGGCCGUGGCAUCGUCAGGAGAGAAAUCCGUGCUGCAGCCGAAUGAAGAGUGUGUUUUCACCACCCUGGGGAUCAAUAGCCAUCUCUUUGCCUGCACCAAGGAGACCUUUCCGUCACUGGUCCCUCUCCCUGAUGAAAUCCAGGUGUCGCUGGGUGACACGGAGAUCCAUCGGGUUGAAGCUGAGGACGUGGCGAAUCACCUUACGGCCUUCCACUGGGAAUUGUUCCGCUGCGUCCAUGAGUUGGAAUUUGUGGACUACGUCUUCCACGGGGAACGCGGACGGCGGGAGACGGCGAAUCUGGAGCUGCUGUUGCAGCGCUGCAGCGAAGUUCAGCACUGGGUGGCCACCGAGGUGUUGCUUUGCGACUCGCUGGGGAAGCGGGCCCAUCUGCUCAAGAAGUUCAUCAAGAUCGCUGCUGUGUGCAAACAGAAUCAAGACAUGUUGACCUUCUAUGCUGUGGUGAUAGGACUGAACAACGCACCCGUCAGCCGGUUGCGUCUCACCUGGGAGAAGCUUCCCGGCAAAUUUAAGAACCUGUUCCGGAAAUUCGAGAAUCUCACGGACCCCUGCCGGAAUCAUAAGAGCUAUAGAGAAGUCCUCUCUAGGAUGAAACCCCCAGUCAUCCCCUUCGUGCCCCUCAUCCUCAAAGACCUGACCUUUUUGCACGAAGCCAGCAAAACUUUGGUCGACGGACUGGUCAAUAUAGAGAAGCUGCACUCUGUGGCAGAAAAAGUUCGGACAAUCAGGAAGUGCCGGAGUAGGCCUCUCUGCCUGGAAAUGGAGUCGUCGCCUCAGCAGCUGCAGACCAAGGCUUACGUCCGGCAGUUCCAAGUCAUCGACAAUCAGAACCUGCUCUUCGAGCUCUCUCACAAGCUGGAAUCGAACAGCCAGUGAGGCUGGCGGGGUGGGUCCUAGCGAGGAAUGUUACUCUGCGGGAUAUUCAAGCACUUUUGGGGAUGGACAAAAACGGUUUUUGCCUCCUGAGCUUUGCCCUGCUUGGAGGGGCAACAGCAUGCGGUCUGCAAAACGGCAGGGAGGACUGACCUUGGGCAGGGAUGGCCCAAGACCUUUGGAUGUCUGAGGUGGAAAAUCCACAUGGUACCUUGCUUUCUUACUAGUUAACAUGGGACACCAUCUAUUGGGACAUUUUCUUGCCAAUGAACCUGAGGUUUUGGUGUCAUUUUGUUUUGCUACCAUUUAAUGGUGCUCCAGAUUUUACUUAAUGGCAGAGCCCACCCUGGGCUCUUCUCCAUUCUCAUUUUCCUCGCUUGUAAGUUCC